GAUUUUUGGUAAAGCUUCCUGCAACAACAUCAUCAAGCCCUCAACUCGAAAAUCCACUUACGAUCUCGCGACCUCGACUCGCCCCCUAUUGUCGCAUACUACCUUGACCCACGUAAUUGUCGAUAUCAUCUCCCUAUUAUUUCAUUAUGUCUCGUGCUUCUGCAGCUCCGCCGCCGACGCCUCCAUUAGCCCGACCCGUUGCCAUCCCGGUCGAAUCUUCUAUCUGGAGUCGCUUCACCAAUUGGGCAUCCGAGAACAAAGCACUUGUUUAUACUAUCGCCGGUGUAGCUGUUGUUGUCACAAGUGCUGGUGUGGUUUAUUAUCUGAAUGACGCUAAACCCAAAGUCGCAGCGCAACCUAAGCUCAGCAAGAAGGAGAGGAGGAAAAGGAAAGAAGCAGAACGUCAGGCAGAACCCACACAAUCACCUACCACUUCGGGUGAACAAUCGAAAGCUCCCACCGUAGAGGCCGCCGACGAAUUACCAGAGAUCAACGAAACCACUGUUGCCACCUUCACUGACGAACAGCGCCGGGACUAUGCCUUGCAACUCAAGAACUCCGGCAACAAGGCCUAUGGCAGCAAAGAUUAUAACCGAGCUAUUGACCUCUACUCGAAGGCUAUUCUUUGCAAGCCAGACUCCAUCUUCUAUUCCAACAGGGCUGCAUGUUACAAUGCUUUAAGUGUUUGGGAUAAGGUCGUCGAGGACACCACCGCCGCUAUCAGCCUCGACCCCACUUACGUAAAGGCAUUAAACCGAAGAGCCAAUGCCUACGAACAUCUAUCCCAAUUCAGUGAAUCGCUCCUCGAUUACACUGCUAGCUGCAUUAUCGACGAGUUCAAGACCGAUUCUAGCACCAAUGCUGUUGAGCGAUUGCUUAAGAAGGUCGCCGAACAGAAGGCUGAGGAUAUCAUCAAGUCCAAAGACCCUAACAAGCUGCCAAGUCCGACCUUUGUUUCCAACUAUAUCCAGAGUUUCCGCUCGAAAUCCCGACCUGAGGGUCUAGAAGAUGAUGUUGAACUAUCGGAAUCAACUGGUCUAGGCCAACUGCAAAUCGGGCUUAAGGCGAUGGAAAAGAAAACCCACGAAGGUUAUGAAGAGGCUGCGAACGCAUUUGAGAAAGCUCUAGAGUACGAUGACUUGGGCGAGCACGAGGCGCUCGCUUAUAACUUGAGAGGUACCUUCAGAAACUUGCGUGGGUCGCAAGAACAAGCUCUACGAGACAUGGACAAGAGUAUCGAGCUCGAUCCGACCUACACCCAGAGCUACGUUAAACGGGCAAGCAUGCAUCUAGAAAUGGGCGAUCGGAAUAGCGCUGCUGCGGACCUAGAGCAAGCUUUGAGCCAGAAUGACACUGAUCCGGACAUUUUCUACCACCGUGCCCAAUUGCACUUUAUCCAUGGCGAAUUCCAAGACGCUGCGAAGGAUUACCAGAAGUCGAUCGAUCUCGACCCAUCAUUCAUCUUUUCGCACAUCCAACUAGGCGUGACGCAAUACAAGAUGGGCUCUGUAGCGUCCUCGAUGGCAACGUUCCGUCGGUGUGUCAAGAACUUUGACAGCGUCCCUGACGUGUACAAUUACUACGGAGAACUACUAUUGGAUCAAUCUAAGUACGAAGAAGCGAUCCAGAAGUUCGACACUGCCAUGGAGAUGGAAAAGCAGACCAAGCCCAUGGCGAUGAACGUGUUACCCCUAAUCAACAAGGCGCUAGCACUCUUCCAACAAACGAUGGAAUUCAGUGAAGCUGAGAAACUAUGCGAGAAGGCGCUGAUUAUCGAUCCGGAAUGUGACAUUGCCGUAGCCACGAUGGCGCAACUGCUUCUCCAACAGGGCAAGAUCACCGAGGCGCUCCAGUACUUCGAGCGCGCAGCCGAGCUUGCCAGGACGCCCGGGGAGAUCGUCAAUGCGCUUUCGUACGCAGAAGCCACAAGGACGCAGAUCCAAGUCCAAGAAAAAUACCCCCAACUUGCUGCCAAGCUUCAAGGAAUGGGCGCGGGAGCUGGCGGGAUGGGCGCCACAUUCGCGGGUGCUCGCUAAAAACUUGGUCCUACACACAACACAGUCAUUGAUAACUACUUACCUACCUAUCUACCUAGGUACUUGACUUUUUCAGACAGGAAAACAGGGCGACUCCACUCAUCUCAAGGCGACUGCGCGAGGCUUAAUUAUUCGGGGUAGGGUAUGUUUCGGGUUCGCACGAAAAUUGACGAAAGUGGCCGAGGGUCUAUAGGUCCGAACGACGAUACGAUGCGCUGGUAAUGAUGUCGUCCUAUUCACUGUACCUGUACCUAGUAUUGUACAUAAUUAAUACCUCCCUCUCGUUGUCGGUUGAAAGCUGGACGCAUCGGGGGAUGUUGCGGCCGCGCUUUAACGCAUUCACGUCAUGACUAGUGGACCAGUAAAAAAAGGGGGAUGGACGUUUAUAGCUAUCGUUAUGGAUACUACACGAGUGGCAGGCUUAUGUGUUUAGAGAAUACAUUUGCAGUAUCUUGAUAG